AUGUCGGAUACAGCUCAGUUGUCGUGUUCGGGGCUGGAUGCAGAAUCAUCGUACGUGGGUGUACGCCCGGUUGAGGGUGGUAGAAAUCGCUUCGAAAAACAACAGGAAGCAAGCGGGCCACCGCUGACACCGCACAAUCACUCGCUGGUCACUGCGGGCACGAUGAAUGGAUCGCGUUCGAACGCCGAAGUAGAAAAAAUACGUGACGAUACGUGUUACGAGUCCGGUGCCGAACCCGUUCCGCAGCAGGCAGAACGGCCGGGUUCGGCGGAGGGGCCGAUGAUUACUGACGCAGGGCAAGAUCAUACUUAUGUCCGGAGUGCCGAUCGUGCAACGGCAGCACGUAUGACACGCUAUACCGUGACUCAACUGCUGGCCUUGAGGGAAACGGAUCUUUCGAAGCGUAAACCAGCUUGUAUUGAAGAUUCGCGAUCUGAGAAACAUCUCAAAAUGAUAUCGAUACUUGUGCGCCGGUCUGAAACACCGUACGACGACGAUUCGUCCGGAGCGAUGGGCGGAUACGGUAGACACCGUGGGUCGUCUGGCAACUCGUCAGGAGGGGGCACGGCUAGCGGUAUCGAUAGAGGAGGUGCUAGUAAUCUGGCAGGCGGUAAUGGUGGUGGUGGUGGUGGUAACAUGAGCAUCCCACGGAGCGAGAUGCGCCGUUCCGGCGGUGGAAUCGAUCCAAAGGAGCGGCUGCGUAAGGAGGAAGGGAUCGUACUAUCGCCGCAGCGUCGCUCUUUCAACAUGGGCUGCCAAAUGCCGUCCGCUCCGCAAGCCAGCGGCAACCUUGGACUGUCUGGGAGCCUUCUCCGAUCGGAUCGAGACUUGCUGAGUGGUCGCGAACGUCGUAUCGGUAGUGGACGCAUCUUGUCCCGUGACGUUUCUUGGGACUAUCGGCCGGACAAAGAGCUCGAGGCAGGAGAGUACCGUACCACUAAUAACAAUGGUAACAACAGUGCCAACAACGCCAACUUUCGCGAUGGAAGAGAUGGGGGAAAGGAUAGUCGUGAUUUGCGCGAAGGACGAGCAACUGACGCGAAGGAACCGAGUCGUGAACGAAUGGAGCGUGGCGGUAAAGAGGCGACUGAGCGCGACGAACGUUUCGAACGUCGUUCCGGCGGCAAUCGCGACUACGACCGGCCUGAAAAGGAAAACCCACCGCUGCGAGGCUACGGCAAAUCAUCCCGUAACAACCAUGCCAACAAUGAUGGCCCUCAUCGAGGUGAAGGUGGUGGCUAUUAUGGAUAUAACAAUUACAACCAUUACGGCUCGAAUCACGGUUCGUCAUACGGUGAUCGGCGUCGGUAUAAUCAUGAUAACAGUCGCGAUGAAGAACCGGAAUGGUUUAGCGAGCCGACCUCCCAGCAUGAUACAAUUGAGUUGCGUGGCUUUGACGAACCAUCGCCAGGGAACGUCCAGGACGGCGAGCAGGAAAAAGAACCAUCGGCAUCGUCGAAAUCACUCGGCAAAUGUAGUGACAACCAAGCUGAAGAAAAAAAUGAGCGCACCGAGUCGACCGAUAAGGAGUCGGUACGUGGGGUGGAGUAUGCCACUGGCGGUGUUAGUGAUCCGCAUCGGAAGAAGCAGGACCGCUCACCGGGUGAUGGAGAAAGUAACAACGGAGGCAAAGGAGGGCCGGCUCCAAAAGUGGCUACUGCCGACUUCAACAUCGAAGACAUCCUGAAACUUGAUGAUUGCGAUUUUCUCUAUAGUGUUGAGCCGACAGUAAAGGAUAAUGGUGCCGAGGUGAAAGAAUCACGCUGCUGGCAGUGGUUUCGCCAUGACCAUCAGGCUAUGAAAUUUCAUGAUACUGCCGUUGCUAAGGUGAUAAAGCAUGAUGAGGGAAUAUUCUUGGACGACAUCAGCAAAAUGUUAAAGGACUUUUCAAACACGGAAGAGAAUGCGGCUCAGGGUGCAGCUAGUAAUUGUAACAAAUACUUCGCUCCCAUUUCACCCGCCGCAACCUCUACUUCGAACACAUUUAUGGAGCUAUUCAAUCGACUGGAACUGAUCGGCAAAAAUGGUCAGCCCGAGACACUUGGUUCUGGUUUACCACCAAACCAGUUCGAUCCACAAUCUAUGCAGCAAACUACGAUGACCUUGCACCAAAAACAGCAGCAACAACCACGACAACCCCAACAUCAGCAACAACAACAACAGCCGCAUAAUCAAAUGCAAAACCGUAGUCUGCAACAAAUUUUGGGCGUGAACAGCGCACCAUCAUCAUCUUCAUUAAUUACGGCCAAUAUGGGUUCAAUGCCAGGGUGUCUCAAUGUUGGUCAGGUACACAGUGUUGAAGAAUUGGAAGCACGUUUCCGACAGUCCGAUAUAGGAGCAAGUGGUGCUAGUAGCGGUGGAGUCGAGAGCAGUGGCGACGGUGAUGUUACUGGUUGUGGCGAAGGAAGAGGAGAUCCCAGAGAUGGUACUCCCAGCAUCGUUGGUGCCAUACCUCGGCUCAUAACACCCGCUAACGAUCCGACAUGUACUACUUCCUUGUCAGUUUCUGCCGAGGCUGCUAACGAUGUUCCAUCCACUGAAGCCGCUCCGGAUAGCUCAGUGCCGCCACAGGAGCUGAACGCUUUCAAAAAAUUGUUGGCACAGAUGAGCGGAAACAAGUCAGGCUCAACUCCGCCGGUGUCUCAACAUCAUCAUCAAAUGGCGGCAUCUGGACACGCAGUGCUCCCGAGCCCGACAGCCACGACACCUAUUCCUCCUGUUCUUCAUCCGAUGCCAAACGAAAUGCUGCAAAAGAUGUUUCAUAUCAAUCCGAUGCUUAAUUCAGUUAAUGAUGUACGAAAUGCAGAGAUAAUCAAACGUUCGGAAAUGCAGGCUCUACUGCACGCCGUGGCUCGGGGUGAAAUUUCGCAGAACGCCUUUUGGCAACAAAUUAAUAGUUCAAACAAUCUCCCACUUCACCGUGAACUCCCAAAUGUCCCUACUUUGUUAAACACUACCUCCUUCAAUGCAGCUGGAGGAUCACGCGUUGUUUCUCCCAACAUAUUGCUAAACCCACUCACCGCAAACUCGCCCCUUCCGAUAGUUUUCCAUCCAAAGCAGCAGGUACGCUUAUCACCAUUACCAAACGGCAUCCCACAGCGAAUUCCCUCGCCUCGGGAACUUCAAUAUCACACGCAAUCGAUAAUGCAAAAUGCCCUAAUCCGCAAAAAGUUAGAAGAACAGCGCGAAAACUAUCGAAAAAGACAAGAACAGCAGCAGCAACAACAACAGCAGCCACCGCCACCGCAGCAGCAGCAGUCGCAAACGCAGCAGCAGCCACCGCAGCCACAGCAGCAGCAACCACAACAGCAGGAACAACAACAGCAUCAGCAACAACAACAGCAACAGCAACAACAACAGCAACAGCAGCAACACCACCAACAACAACAACAAUCGCAGCAACAUCAGUCACAAGAACAACAGAUGAAGCAACUACUGCCAGCACAGUCGAUGGUUAUUCAACCUAAGUUGCAACGCCAGAAUAAUCAUCAAAUGUCACAUGAGAUACAACAGGGGCAAGGUGUGCAUCAACCAGUGCUUUUACCGCCACAUACCUUCCAACAGCAGCUGCUACCUUCCGAUCAACAGCAUCAUCAGAGUUCAACCACACAACAUCAUCCGCAACCACCUACCGAACUGCAACAGCUGCUAACUCAUUCCGAAAGCAUAGACAAAAAUAAUGAACAUGAUCAGCAACAGCAAAAUAAUCAACAGCUCAUUAUUUUGCCAACUUCAACUGGGGCAUGCAGAGAAAACAUAAUGUCCGUUUCGCCGGUUAAUAUGAAAUCAGUCAUUAGUGGUCGCAUGAAUGCUGCGCUUGGCUCGGCUGCUAUUUCACCAUCGAAACAAAACCAGCCUCAACCGCAGCAAGUUGCCUCACCUACUCCGUUGGCAUUCACCCCUACGUCCGUGCUGCGUAAGAUGACUGCGGUACAGGAGAAAGAUCCUGAUAAUGUUGCCCACCAGCAACAACAGCAUCAACCGCAUCAAACAGGACAACAUAUGAUGCCGAAUGCACAAAAUUAUCCGGAUAGUGGAAUUCCGGGGGUUAACAUAAAUACCCUACAUGGUAUACAGCAGCAGCAAAUGCACCAUAAACACCAACAGCAGAAACCGUUUGUACUACACCCUCAUGCUCAUCCGAUACAACAGAUCCCUCAACAUCAUCAUCCCCACCAACAGCAGCAACCACAGCCUCCAUAUUCCCACGAUGCUCCACAAUCGGAGCACCAGCAACAGCAGCAGCGCAUCCUGGCAGCACUGAUAUGUCCUGCGGGUCAAUUCCAACAACCAGGAUCACAAUCGCAACUAAACAUGCCUAUGCACCCACCACCAAUGUUGGUACCGCCAAUGAAUGCGAUGGCGACAAUGCAGCCAGGGAGUGGCAUGCGUAGCAAUAUGCAAGCGGUUCCAGGUGGUAUGUCAUGGAAUUUAAAGCAGAUGCAACAUCAGAAUGCCGGUUCUCACCAGUUGUCAGGUCCAGUACCGCAGCAACUGCCACAGUCGUUGCAGCUUCAGCAAGCUCCACAGCAACCAACACAACCCCAAUCCCAAUCGCAACAGCAUCAACAGCAGAUCUCACAAUCUGGUCAACAAUUACUGCCACAACAGCAACAGCAGCAACAGUCUCCAACGAUGAUGUCUCUAGCGAAACCGCAAGGAAGACCCAUUCUCAAAGGAUGCAACAGCAACAGUGGUCAACAACAGAUACCACAGCAACAAGCUCCACCGCCACAAGUACAACAGCAAUUGCCACCACCACAGCAGCUGCCGGCAAUGGUGCACAUCAAUUUUGCUGGGAAUGUAGAAUUCCAGUCCUAUAAUAACAACCGUAGUGGAAAUCCAAUUCUGGGAGCACAUCAUCCGCCUACACAUCCGUCAUCGCAGCCGCAAGCUCCACCCGGCGCACAGCAUCAACAACAGCCCGCACAGCUUCCAGGAAACAUUUACAGUCCACACAUGCAGCAACUGCUCCAUCAACGCCAGCAGCUCCAACAUCAACAACGAGCAAUUCGUAAUCAACUGGUGCAACCGCAUAUCGGUCAACAGCAGCCGUUAAGAAUUCCAAACAUGGCUCAGCAACAUGUUCACGAGCACAACAAACAGCAGCAACAACAACAAUCACAUCCACAUUCGAAUAUGCCACCGCAACCGAAUACAGCUGUGAGCUCCGGUGGUCCUAACAUCAUAAACUUUAAUCGCGAAGGUGGUCUGUCCCCGACAAGCAAUCAGCUCGCUCGCUGGUUCUCACCUGAACUCUUGGCCCAAGCUUCAGCAGGAAAGUUACCUUCUCUUAAUAUUGGGCAAGUGAUGAGUCUGGAGGAAUUCGAACGCAAUAUUCAGCACUCCUCUGCCACUGUACAUAACUGAGUUGUAUCCACUUUGCACUAAUAAAACAAAGGAAUGAAUGAGUGAAAGGACAAGAAUUUGUCCCAAAUUUAUUCCUUAAUUUUAUUGUCAGUCCUUAAAAACCAAGAAUGGUAAUCAAAUUCCCUCUACGCAUAAUGAUUCGGUGCGAUUUGGUUUGAUCGGUUGUGCUCAAACAUGAACUGAAAGAUGAAAACAGAAAAAAGUUAAUGUAAUGGUUAUAAUCAAUCGUUUCCCUAAAAACAGCAAAAGUUUAAGAAAAAUUUGGCAAAUUAAGUCGUUAAAUGUUAAAUCAUGUCAACAACAGAUCUGUUUUAAUUUUUGAAUGUAUAAUUUGAUAUUUCAUUUAUUUUGAAUAGUAAGAGUUUUGUCGAAACAUAGGGAGUUAAAAGUUAACAAAAUUCAACGGGACAAUGCAACGGCGCCGUUAUAAUUUGACGGCAUACAAUAAUCACAUUGUCAAAAGCAGCACAUGGAGAAAGAGUUUUGGCAGAAUAAGAAUCUUGAAGAUGAAAUCAACCGUUUUUGAAAUUAUUCGAGUGAGAGUAGCAGGUGGGCGUCAAGAAGGAUUGUUUCGCAGAAACGAGCAACUGAAAAAAAAUCCGAACUAAACAGCCCCUAGAGUUUCGUUCGAUAAAGUAGGCAUAAUUUUUUAGUUAAGCCAAGACUUACCAUUUCUUCACCGCAUAGAAGGUGUUGUAUUCCAUAGCGAGAGAGAUUCACAGACACUACUACUUUCGGUAUGCGGCUGUUAAUUGUGGACACAAUGAGUGAAUACACUUAUACAAUACCAUAGAAACGAUUAUGAACGAAACCGAUAAAAUCGAAGUACGAAGAGUAAUGUGAGUGAAGAAGGGUAACCGCAGAAAGAGGUACAUUGAUAUAUAGGCAGAACUAUUCCGAAUUUGGCCAGCACUAAGCCGUUCCAGCGUAUUUCAUGUCAAAUAUAUUUGAUGGCAAUACAUAGAAGCAACUUAGCGGUUUUUACUUCUGCGGCUGUAUACCAGCAAUCAACUAUUUAUAAUUUUUGUUUGAUAUUUGGAUAUUUUUUUGGUAUACUAAUUUGUUCAAUUUAUCUCUUUACAAAUAUGAUAAUAGCACAACUCUCUCUACAACAAAUGUGUUGCCUCUCAUCAACAGUAAAAUACGUCGUGUUGGUUCUCGCGUUUCCAUACGUAUAUGAAAUGCAACCAAACUGAUAAUUAAUUUAAGAAUAAACGCGGUUUCAUCUUCAACUACUCCAACACAAUGUUAAAUGAGCUGUGUACGUACAUAUUAGAAUCAUCAGUGCGCGAGGCUGGCUGGCCGCGUUUUUUGCUUAAAUAUUUAAUCCAACACCAUAUUUGAUAUUUUCGUUCGCCCAUACGUUAAUCUAUUUUAAGUUUCUCAUUCAAGCAUUAUCUUUUAUCUACUUAAAUAGUCUUAACUGUACCGGUGGUAUAAACAAUUUGUUAGAAGGCAGAAAACCCAGAUGUGUGAACUUAUGAUAGCGGACGUAAAGCUUCU